GGCGGAUGUUUGCUAGGUUACAACAGCGCGAAGUUUUAAAAUAAAUACGUGUUGAAUUUAGCGUGAACUUAUGCAGCUUAUGCCGCAUAUGAAACAAUAUUCCAAUUAUGGAAGGUCAGCUUAAAGUGUUAUCCAGAAACCGCGAAUUUAUGUCGCUGGUGUUGAACUUGGCCGAGUCGGUUAACAAGCUAGCAGUAAGCGUCGACAGUACUGCAAAACGCUGCAGUGAAGAAGUAGUAGAUUCUAUUCUUGCGAUAUUAGACACAGCUGAUAAAUACGGAGAUGAAGCUUUGCAGGCUAGCCUGGAGCCAUUGAAACAUAAACUUAAGGUGGGAAUCGCGGAACUAAGGACUUGCCGUGAGGAAAAGCAGCGCCUUCCUUUUAUAAAACAGUGUGCUGUACCUCUGGGCCUUGAGCUUCUUGCGUCUCUUGAAGAAUGUGAGAUUGCGGCUCUUGAAAAAGCUCAUGACACUGCCAUCGAAAGUGUGCAAGAGUUGGAAUCAUUGUAUGGAAGUCAAGGUGUGGAUGUGUUCGCAAGAAUCCUAGAGGCCUUCAAAAAUGUGCUGCCAUUCUUGAAGAAAGCCCAGCAGAGGGUCUCCUCGCUGCCUCAGCGAUGCCUCUUUGAUGGGUUUGUGGACACUGCAGCAGUACAGAAGUUUUACCUAUACUUUUUGGUGUCUGUUAGUGCACUUCUCUCCAAGUAUCCAGGCAGCCGGCAUGUAAAGAUACUUUGGUGCUUUGCCAUUCGUCAAGCAGGCCUGUGGCUGUCCAAGUUGCGAGACUUCGCCUGCAGUGUUUCUUCCUAUGAAUUCUUAGAUGGAUGGAUGGGUGCCUUUGUUGGGAAGGUGGAUGAGGCUCUGUACCACUUGGGCCACAAGUUGGAGGCUGAUUUUUACUCUGCUGUGGAUGCAGUGACUAGCCAUGGAAUGUCAGUGUGCCACCUUUGUCCAGAAGGGGACCGGGACAAGCUGAUCACUGCUUACAAAGAGGUUCUAGAGUGUAAACUUGACCUGGAAAAAGCGUCAAUGUGUGAUUCAGGAAACAGUACAGAAUCAAAGCGCAAAAAGAUGAAGGCCACUUUGGAGAACUUUGAGGAGCUUGUGAACAUUGCUCUUGUGGAACUGAUAGUCCAUAACUACAUGAAGCCAAGUUCGUCUUUCUUGAGGCUCUUGCAAGUUGCCAAAGAAGACCCAUUGAAAAAAGAGGGCAAUAACAGUGCAGCCAACCUGUCUGACCUCUACAAAAGUAAAGCGGAUGCUUUUUGUGAAUCUGUGGACACAACAUACAGCAUAGCACAUUUAGCUGCUGGUUGUACGACAGAUGUUAGAUCUGUCAGCAAACUGUGGGAACACCUGCGUCUGAUGGAAUGGCUAGACCCAGAGCUGGUGGCAGCAGUCAUGUCACUGGUCAGUAGUAGCGAUGAAGGCCUCUCAGAUGUGCUGGAUAGGAUGCAGUGCGCAUGGAACUUUCAUAUUCAAGGCCUCUUCAAGAGCCUACUUCACCUCACUGAGCCAACUGCUUUCUUUGUAUGCCUUGAUGUAUCACUGAAAAGAAGCAUUGCUUCUUUGAAUGACAGUUCACUCGAUAAUCGGGAGUCAGCUAACGUCAUCAGUGAAAUCUGCACGAGGAUAAAUGCUGUGCAGGAUCUGACAGCAGUGGCAUUUGAAAGUAGCACAGUGCCAGAAAAAGUUCAGGCUGCCUUGAAGAACCUAAAAAUUGCUCGAAGAUCACUGCAGCGAGCACCGCCUGAGAAUAGACUCAAAGGGGCCAAGAUUGUUCGUGGGUGCGUGAAGGCUAUACAUGAAGAAAUUGAUAGGCACUUGGAUGUUGUUUCCCAGACACCAUCACAUAUUCCGAGUCACUUGUUGACUGGGCUUACCACACCGAUGAUUAGCAGAUGUCCUCCAGCAGUCGAGAAGUCACUAGACCUCGAAAUAACAGCACUUUUGGAUGCAAUGGAGUCGCAAGCAAGUGAGAGUGCGAAGUCACCUGCCACAGAAGCUUUUCCUCUAAAGGGUAGCACUGGCACUACGUUUUCUGCUGAAGAAUCCGGGCACACCAUGUUAUUGCAUAAGCACACAGUGCGGCCACGAGUACCGAGAGCCCAUGCGAGCAUCAGUCACCAGUCAAACACAUUCACAAAAACUGGCUGGCGUGAGGCACUCAGUCGCUCCCUCUGGUACUCUGAUAGGAGCCUGUGUGUUGGGAAUACAAGUUGCAAGAAUUGGCUCCAGAACAACAGCACAAUAUAUGCACUCAUUCAUGAAGCACAGCUGCUUGUCAAGGCCAUCUUGGAUGCUCAGGAAGAGGUGUGCUGUCCUGACUCGCUCUCACGACUGGCUGAUCUUAGCCACAAGUUGGCAUCUGAAGUGGCCAGUGUGUGUUCCCAUAUAAAGGCUACCAUGAACAGAACCAGGUUGCUUGUAGAUGUGGAGAAAGCACAGAGUGACAUUGAGUUCAUUGCUCGUCAGAUGCAGCUGUUUUUGGAUCUUGGAAAGGAUAAACCUGUGGCCAACAUGACUGUUGCACCAUUUGCCCAGAAUUUCCUGCUUUUGGCAUCUGAAAUAUUGAAGGCACUUCCUAUUCUAUGUGGUCAUUCACGCGACGGCACUGCAGUUGACUCACCUGUCAAGGUCACCUUGCUACAAAUUCAUGAAAAGGUGUCCACAGAUGCUGCAAGUAAUGCAAGCAGCACUUCUGCAUGAAUUUUGUGAAUAUGUUGAAUGUUAAAUAAUGCCUGUUGUUUAAAAGUGAUUUGUACUGCUGAGAGCACAAACUGCUUCUAAGUUAUGAACAUGAUCCCAUCAUGCUGCUUGUAUUCAUUGUUUGUGCCUUAAUAUAUAGUGCCUUAAAUGUGCGUAGCAUGGAAGCAUUCCUUACUGCUAUACAGAAGCCACUAGAUGUGUCUUCUUUUACCUGUAUUUUGCAGAAACCCCCUAGUUUAUGUAGAGGUGGCGUCAUGGCCACAGUUGUUAGCCAGAAACAAUGGCUUGAGUUGGGGCAAUCUGCGACAUAUUUAAUUCAGCAGCUUCUUUGCUUUUUACUUGUACAAUUUGUGGUAAUGUUACAGUGCUCUGGAUUCUACAUAGGCUUAAUUUUCUUUGAUUUAUGCACUCUGGGUUGCCUAUAAAUUGCUGUGAUUGCUGACCUAUAUGUAUACUAAUUCUUUUGAAUGAAUUGUUCCUUUAAAUGACACUCUGUUGCUCUAGCUUUACAUAUGUUAGAGAAAGAACAUCAUUAUCUUAAACUUUUCUUUUAAUGUUGUAGCUGCAGAAGCUAGGGACCAUAACUGUGCAAGGGACAUUGAAGGCAAAUAUUUAGUUGAGCUGAAGUGAUAGGCUAGUGCUCAAAUGUGCCUAAAGCAUCAUGUUUUAUUGAGGACAUAGUUUUUGUAUGCGAGAUAAUGACGUAAAUAUAGGGCAGGAUUAGUGAUAUCACUGGGAAAAUAUCGUCUCAGAGCACAUUACAUGUGAUGUUCUUAUAACUGGCAAGUUGUAGUCAGUCACUGAUAAUAACAAAGCUAGCUAUGUUAAAUAAUGAGAAAACAUUGGCUUGUUCUUUACUCACACUAAAGCAGGAACAGAUAAAGAAAAGGCUGGCACAAAAGGCAUACGUGAAAUACCAAUCACAGUGCAUUUCAGUAUGAAAGAAAGCGAAGAACUCACUGAUGCUAUAUCUUCACACCGCUUCUGUUUGUGCCAUUUACGGAAGUAUGGCGCUGUUUCUGUGCAGGCCUCUGACUUAAUGCAGGCAGUAGAUCCUGUUGGAGCAUGACUCUGAGAUUUCUAGUGCAGCUUAGGAUACCCGCGUUUAAGUCGCCUCAUUUGUUGCUGGCAAUUUGAAUUUUGGAUAAAUUGUAUGGCCUUCUUCAGUUGUGAUUUUCUCUGCUACUAUAUCAUCUGUUGACAUGAAGCAGUCAUUGUAAAAUUUCUAGAAGAGUAAUGAGGCAGUCUGGAUUAAUUUAAUGUUGGCCUUUAGUGUCCUUCUAAGGGAUGGCAAUAUCACACUGGGGCAGUGUCUGUGUUGUAUGGUGUGACUCAAUUGUGGCCCAUUGCUGAAAUGUUUGAAAUGUUGAAAUGUUUAAGCUAGAUUGUGAUUCAUAUGUUGUGAGAGCUAUGCGGUCAUGAAAAGUGACUUGCUUAACAUUCUGGUGGGCAGUUUGAAAACAAGUGUCAUUGUAGUUAUCUUUAUACAGUUAGAAUAGCAGGCGAUGGAUGGGUUUAUGUAUACACAUGAUCAUAACCAAAUUGCUUUCAGCUACUUUACUAGUUGCUAGCCUUCAGUUCCAGAAGGUCAGUUUGUGCCAUGGGGAUAUUUGUUGCAUAGUAAUUUGAAACAGUGCAGACAUGUGAUAAUAAGGUGCAAUGCAUGUUCACUACACUUUUACAGCUUUUGUUGGCACUUGGUCCUCACAAUGUCACUUCUACAUUCACUGCUGUUCUUAAUUUCCAUGUUCUUUAUGCUCGUUUAAUAAUUUCUCUCUGGGGUAUUGAAGAAAAGUGAGUGGCUGUGCAUGGUAGUGGCUUUAAAGGAACGCUAAAGAGCAAGUCUGAUGAAGUAUUUUUCAAUAGUGAAUCUAUUUUAUUUGGUGAAAGAAUGUUGGUUAUUACAUACCUGCCAACUUUUACAAUUUCAUUGUAAAAGGCUAUAUUUUUAGACCUUGUUCACGAUUGUCGUAUUCAAACCAAUAAUUUUAUGAUUUUAUGCAUCUAGUUAAAGCAAAACUGAUUUCAGAAGAAUACAAAUACGGUUGCUGAGCGAUUUUUUAGAACCUGAUUUUUCUAACCUUUUGAUUAUUCGGACCCUCCCACAGCAGCAACAUGAAGUUAUAGAACCUUGGUUCCAAUUGGUCCAGUUGGUUUCAAUUGAAAAUUGAAUUGAAUUGAAAGCUUGGUCCAGUUGGUUCCAAUUGAAAAUUGCUGUGGGUCUGAUUGGUGUUACAACAGUCACAAUUGUGCCUCCUACUUAUGUACUCAUAUUCAUGUUGGUAAAUUGAGUUGGAGUGUAUAAAUACUAAGUGAUCUUAAUGGGACCUUAAAUUCCACUUGGUCUUAAUGGGGCUGUGGAUGUAACAGUUGGUCUCAAUUGAAAAUUGCAUGGAUGGGUGAUGUGAAACUACAAAAUAGCUAAUAAAAAUAAUAGCACAAUUGAAAUUCAGCUCCUCGGAUAAGAGGUAUUAGUUCUGUAGUUUGGUAUGGCAAAUGGAGCAAAGCAUUUAGCAUUUCUUUGAGUCACUAGAUCUGCCUUAAAGCUUUGCCUAUUUGUUUUGAAAGACUGGCACCACUCGGUGACCCGUGAUUUGCUAUUAUGUAUGGCACUCAAGUUUGAUUACAUUUAACGAAAUGUUGAGCCUUUUUGAAUUAGUGAAUUAGAAUUGUUGUUAAGUGUUCAAGCACGAGUAAGCUUCUCAAUUUGAGUGCCAAGCUUUUGUUUUCUGCAAUGCUGUAGAAUCCAAAAGCUUGGCAGAAAAAAAAAAAAAUUUUUUUAGUCCAAUUGGUUAGUCUCAAUAAGAUAUAAUGGGGCUGACUGGUCCCAAUUGUGUUUGAAAAAUCAAUUCGUCCAAUCGAAAAUUGCAAUGUCUUUUUAUUAUUUUUAUUUAUUUAUCUUCGUGUGUGUGUGCAUGCUUGAAUGCGUGACUGGGUCGCUUGCCGCAUGACAACUGAUGAAAGCAGUUCAUGGGAUGCUGCUAUUAGCAUGGUGCCAUGUGACAAAUUAGUUGUUGCCCAACAAUGGGAAUUCGAUUAUUGGUUAGUGGCUUGGGGGAGAGAGCACUUUAAUGGCAUUGAAAAGACUGCACAUCAAUGCUCUGUUGUUUUUGUGCACUUACGAUGCCCAGGAUAUGAAAAGAGUCAUUCGUACAUACUUUCCUUCAGGACAGCUUCUCUUAUCCUACAUUUCUUACUCUCGAAAUAAAAACUGCCUCAUCAAACUGCAGCUCCAACUGAUAGUCUGUGACACAAUUUAGUGAAGAAGUGCACCCUCAUGUGUCGCACCACAUUCAGUUGCCUUAGGUAUGAUAAGUACAGGCUGUGUCAGAGGUACUACAGAUGCAGUUGUAUCGUUCACCAAAUUGCAAGCUUCAGCUGAGCUGCACAGUGGAACUCCUGUGGCACUGCCGGGGAUCGCCUCUCCCUUGGGAGCACAGUGGGAGUCAGUUAAAACGUGCAUUACCCGCUGCUGUCACAUCUCAGAUUGAUUGAUCAGUCACUCAAUCAGUCAAUCAAUAAAUCAGUCAAUCAUCUCCAUUGCCCAGAAUUGAAAAUUAGACAAAUGUGUGUACAGCUUCCCACAUUUUUAGCUAUAUUGUGCGAGAACACUAUAAUAUGGUUGUAAGUCGUCCUGAAGGGAACAUCGCAUUAGACGACUCUUGCACACGAGAGUGCUUAGUGCACUUGAGAGUACUUCUGCCGGUCUUGCUGAUGAUCGCCGCUUAAAGGCGCUAAAAUGACGUGUGAUGGAUGCUCGCACGAUAUAGCUAAAAAUGCGGGAGGCUGUACAUAGGCAGGAUCAAUGCUGUGCGACAGAAUUGCAUAAAAGUUCCAAACUUUAGCAAAUUCUUGACCUUGUUUAAUGUUACUGCAGAGGUCAGCAGGAAGUGAGAACUACAUUUCAGCGCAGGUUACUGCAAAGCCAGCUCUAAUGUUUUAGGCUUGCGCGGGCCUCAGAAAAAAAGAUACCAUUGCAUACAUGUUGUAUAUACUCACUGUUGUAUGCUGACUGUUGCUGUGUGGUGUCAUGUUGACUUGGUUCAUGUCUCUUGGUUUGCAAUGCUAUGACAUUGAGGCUUUCCAGUCAGCCAUGCAGAUGUCAGCUUGUUUCUUUACUGAGAGCAAAAAAGGACGCUAAGGUUGGCAUGUGGCUACAUAUUGUAGUAAACUUAUAAUCCAUUGAGUGUGACCGUACAAUGCAUGUUGUGAUUCCAUAUGUGCCUUGUGCAUUUUUAAAGUGCUGUGCAUACUCGGCAAGGUGGCUAUGGCAUUGUGCUGCUGAGCACGAGGUCGCGGGUUCGAUUCCCAGCCUCUGUAGCCACGUUCUGAUAGGGGAGGAGUGCAAAAAUGCUUGUGUACUGUGCUUUGGAUGCAUGUUGUAAGAAUCCCAGGUGGUCAAAAUUAAGCUAGAUCCCUCCACUACAGCAUUCCUCAUAGCCCACUGUGCAGCUUCAGAACAUAAACCCCACAGUUUAAUUUCAUUUUUAAAGUGGUGUGUAUAUGUAUGUCUCUUGCAGCUGUAAGUACUAUUAUCUGAUUUGCGAGCUAAAAGGAUAUACUCGUCAAAAUAAUUGCUUAGAGUGUUAGCUGCACCUGAGUUUAUAGUGACCACGUUGUGUCACUUCCUUGAAUGUGGAGCACUACUCUCUCUCACUUCCCACGCCCACUAAGGUGUCGUAUUUGCUGCUAAGAGGCGGUGCUGCAUGCAAUAUCUGGGAACGAUUUGAACCCAAGAAUGUGUUUCUUGUGCAUGCUUAGCGUGCUUGAACCAGAAUGGUAGAGCGAAAGACAUUUAAUAUGUGGCUGUAUAGUGUGUAUAUGUUUGCUUUUGUUUGUAUACCCUCUGCUUGUACCUGUACAUUCACUGCUUAUUAACAUUCUGCUUGUGGAGUGCAGAUACAUCUGAGGAAAAAGAAUGGGCCUCACCUGCAUCACUCAAGUCCAUCCCUAUUGCUUGUAAUGGUGAAUGCCAAAAGAACGAUGCCACAGUGCAGGUGAUAAGAGUUGUGUUGUGAUUAUGGAGUCGCCAAAUCACUUGCAUAUUAUUCCUUUUUCCUUCAGUCGAGCUUUGUUAUAACAAAAAUCGUACCAGACAAAAAAUUUUUUAUUGUAUCGAGUAUUCGUUAUAAGCGUAUAUUCCUUACAUGUUUAUAUAUUGGCAAGAAACAUUUUAGAUUUACUUUGUGAUAUCCAAUAAUUUAUUAUAUUUGUAUUUGCUAUAUUUAGGUUCAACUGGUAUUUUAUAUCAUUUAUUACUGCUAACAUUGAUAUGGUUCCUUUAAUUUCCGUCCAUUAAAUAUAUAUGUUUUGAUACUUUACUUUCUGUCCAGUGCCUUAACUCAGUGGUCUUUCUGCCUAGCCGGUUGUGUAAAGGAAUAAGAAUAAACCAGUAUUUCUUA